AGGAAACCGUUCUUGUUAUAAUCUAUCGCUUUUAUUGGUUCCACAAAGGCGCGCUACCAUGGCUCCUACUUCAGUGAAGGAUAUAAACGGCCAUGUUUUUGUAAAGGCUCUGGCAGAUUUCUUAAAGAAGUCUGGUAAAGUAAAGCAGCCUGAAUGGACUGAUUUGGUCAAGUUGAAUCGGGCCAACGAACUGGCCCCUUACGAUCCUGAUUGGUUCUACGUUCGUUGCGCUGCAGUUUUGCGUCAUCUCUACUUGAGGCCAACAGGCAUGAAGGGCAUGACUCGCAUCUUUUCUAGGAAGAAACGCAGAGGUGUUAAGCCCUCUCACCGCACCCUAGCAAAUCAGUCCGUCAUUCGAAAGGCACUUCAGCAGGUUGAGGCUCUCGGUCUGUGCACUAAGUUGGAAACUGGCGGACGAUCACUGACACCAGCUGGUCGGCAGGACUUGGAUCGACUUGCUUCGAAGCUGGCGAAAUAGUUUGUACAAAUAAACGAUUACGGUGACUUUGCCUUUA